AUGGUGUAUGGCUACAAAUUAAUACAGUUGAAAGGAAAGGAUGGUAUCCAGUAUAUGGUAGUACUUGAUGAAGAAUGCCAGUCUCUACCAUCAAAUGUUGUAGAUUCUCAACAACGUCGGUUACUGGUUGCUGCCCUAACCCACAUAUACAUGUCUGGAGGCCCAGUUAAAGAAGAUGACAUAUGUAUUUGCUGUACACAAAGGUUGGAGACGGUGAAUUGGCCAGAAAUGUUUUUGAAUGGGGACAAGGGCAAA